AUGUCCGCGGAUGCCGAACACAUGUGCUGGCGCUGGCUGGCAGAGGGCCGGGCGUCGGGGAGGCUGGUGCUGGUGGUGGUGUUCGUGGCGCUGCUGCUGGACAACAUGCUGCUCACGGUCGUGGUACCGAUCGUCCCCACCUUCCUUUAUACAACAGAAUAUGAAGGAGCCAACAGCUCUGUUGCCCCAGCCUGGCCUGAGCUGCCUCCUCCAGCCUCGAAGGCUUCUCCUUUCUCCUCCAUGUUCUCCUAUUUCGACAACACCACAGUGGUGGUAUCCGGCUCCACGAGCGCCAUGGACGUGGCCAACGGGAUGGAGAGCAGCCACCUUCCGCAGCCCCCUGCCAGCGGCCCCCCAGUGCCGAGCGGCUGCCCCGAGGGUGAGGAGUACCUUGCCAAGGAAAACGUCCGCAUUGGGCUCCUGUUUGCUUCCAAGGCUCUUGUACAGCUGGCGGUCAACCCAUGCGUGGGUCUUCUGACCAACAGGAUAGGAUACCACAUCCCCAUGUUCAUCGGAUUUGUCGUCAUGUUCCUCUCCACAAUCAUGUUUGCUUUCUCAGGCACCUACACCUUGCUGUUCAUCGCCCGAGCCCUCCAAGGCCUUGGGUCAUCAUUCUCAUCCGUUGCAGGCUUGGGCAUGCUGGCCAGCGUGUACACAGACGACUCUGAGAGGGGCAACGCAAUGGGGAUCGCUCUUGGAGGCUUAGCCUUGGGUGUGCUGAUCGGGGCCCCCUUCGGGAGCAUCAUGUACGAAUUCGUGGGGAAAUCGUCUCCUUUCCUGGUCCUGGCACUCCUCGCCCUAUUGGAUGGAGCUUUGCAGCUCUGCAUCCUGCAGCCCUCUAAGAUCUCCCCCGAGAGCACCAAGGGCAUGCCAGUGUCCACCCUGCUGCAAGACCCCUACAUCCUGGUCGCCGCAGGAGCCCUCUGCUUCUCCAACAUGGGGGUGGCCAUGCUCGAGCCCACCUUGCCCAUCUGGAUGAUGCAAACCAUGUGCUCCCCGAAAUGGCAGCUAGGGAUGGCGUUCCUCCCUGCCAGCAUAUCCUACCUCAUCGGCACCAAUCUCUUUGGGAUUCUGGCUAACAAAAUGGGCCGGUGGCUGUGCUCCAUGAUCGGCAUGGCUGUGGUGGGAAUCAGUCUCCUCUGUGUACCUCUGGCCAAAAACAUUUACGGGCUGAUCGGCCCCAACGGCGGGCUCGGCUUUGCCAUAGGAAUGGUGGACUCCUCGAUGAUGCCUAUCAUGGGUUACCUUGUGGACCUUCGCCACACCUCCGUCUACGGUAACGUCUAUGCCAUAGCUGAUGUCGCCUUCUGCAUGGGCUUUGCCAUCGGCCCAUCCACAGGAGGUGCCAUUGUACGAGCUAUCGGGUUUCCCUGGCUGAUGAUCAUCAUCGGCGUUAUCAAUAUCGCUUACGCUCCGCUCUGUUGGUACCUGCGCAACCCUCCCGCUAAAGAGGAGAAAAUUCCGCUCUAUCACUAAUGCCCCAUGCAAACCAAAAGCUACGCCACUGAGAAAACCCUGCGCGAUUUCCCUCUCGCAGACGACAGCGACGUGGAGGCAGAAAAUGUGGAAUAG